UGAAAGAACCCUUGAUAGACGUCAUACACGGCAGGGAUCCUACAAAACACCCCUAAUCGAAUAGAACGUCUAAACUAGAGACGCUGCGUUUCUUUUCUUUCUCAGCUUUGUUUCGUCUUGUUGAACCUGUGGUCGUGGUGUUUUACAAUAAUUGGCUUCCGGUGUUUAUUCCAUGAAAUUUUCCCCGCUGUUUUCAGGCAUUCCAGUCAUUCCCUUAGUGUCUAUAUGCGUAGUAUUAUCGCACGAAAGGGAAGUUAUAACUCCGUAAUCAAAACUUAUCGGAGAACGAUAAGGAAACCAAUAAGAAAAUGAAUAACAAGUUGUCAAGGGGCUCUUGAGUCCGGGUGAGAGCUCACAAAUGAUGGAUCUUAAAGUGCACGAAAAUCUACGGAACUCUGCGCUACACGCACCGCCCUGAGAUGACCACAAGGUGCUUUUUGUAUCUCCUUUUUAACUGAUGAAAGAUUGACGAAAGGGAAGACACGGAUCGGUUACAUCAAGUCAGCACGUCUUAAAUGUUCGAUGACGAUAUGUAUCGUCAAAAUUUAUUAUUUUGUAUUUAACACCAGUAUCAUGCGACUCUGGUCUUAUCUUUAUUGAAAUUAGCAAGUUUUACUUUAAUUGCUGCUCGCCGAUGGAAUCACUUCUUGUUUGAAUUUAUUUUAAGUUACUAAGUCAUCAAGCCAGCCAAAAAGAGCACUUCUUUGCUCUGGUGUUUCCUUUUUAGAGUGGAUGAUUCAUGUGAGUUAUGCUCCGACCUUCAGUUUCUCUUUGCAUAAGUUUAAAGUUUCGUCUCAAGGAACUUUUUAAACAGUUUUAUAAGCGGGGGUUUCUUGAACCGAAUAGUACUUAUUCUGCUCAGCGGGUUUCUCCCGUGUUUAUAUCUCGGCAUAUGAACUGUCUUUGUGUGCGUUCCCAUAUUCUACCCCUCGGACAGCCCCAGGGAAAUACGUGACACGGUUGAAACGGCUGCACGCGAAAACCACACUUGUGCAUAUUCGGCCAAUGAGCCAGCAGCCACGACCCAACUAAUUGAAGAGAGCGGAAGGGUGCGGUCUUACUAAUUCGCUUGUCUCCGAUAAGCUCCGUGAUAGAGCACGAUCAGCCAUAGAAGUGAUACUUUGCCAUCGAAUCCAAUACCCACUCUUAGUGUAUUGAUCCAGAGUAAACCAAGCAUGAAAUGAUACUUUGGGAUCUGAUAUAACAUCCUGAGAUUUAAGGGGUCGCGGCCGUGUCGCUAGCAAAUAGCUAUUUGUCUGAUAAACUGUCAAAACAACCCAGGGAGUUUUGGGAUAGUAGCGUGUGAUUGCAGACCGCUUUCCCGAGCGUGAGCUUCGCUUGUGCAUUAUUUAGAUAUUUCAUUUCGGUUGCACCCGCCUUCAUCACGCUUUGGUAUUAUCUAGUACAAUAAAGAUAAUUAAAAACUUGUCGGCAUCGAAAACAUUUCUCGGUUUUACUUGGAGGUAUCUGAAGAAAGGUUGAGUGCUCGCUUACUCUUGCGAUGCGAUACCACGAGUACGUAAUUAAACGGAGCCAAGGUCUGCUUUUACAGUAAUUUAAUAAUCGACACAUGUAAUUUUCCUUAAUGUACAUUUGCUUAUUUGCUUAAGGGCUUAUAAUGUUUGUAGAGUAAUUAAAAUAGCAAUUUUAUUCGGCUUGAUUAUACAACACGUCCCGUUGUCUUAUCUCUGUGCUUGAAGUAGCUCAUUGUUGCAUUCAUGAGCUAAGUCCUAUAUACCAUGCGAAACUUUGACGACUUUUGCUCUAUAGUUCCACCGGGCUUAUCUCUCUAAUUACUUUGUCAGUUUUUACGUCAGAGCACAUUGGGGAAGAUAGCCAAAGAGGGAUUCUAGAAGGGAAUGUGUGUUUUGGUUCUUCAAGCACGCAGUGAUUGAGUAAGACGAAAUACCCCAAGUGUGCGUAUCGUUGAGACUAGUAUAUCAAGCCUGGAGUCUAAGGGCACAAGACGGACCCCCAGUCUACCUGUCUGCCCCGCGCACCAAACAGUAAGCUAAGCGCAUUUCACGUGCGAGAUAGGCUGCGUUGUCUCCAUUUAUAAGUGGAUCAACGCGAGGGAUGGAUUGAACAAGAGCGGCGUAACAUGUGAUGUGCCCAGCGCAGUGGGUAGUGAUCCCUUGCGGGCUCUGUAUUACGUCGGCGUAAAUGUACAAAGGCGCAAGUGAUAACAAGCAGUAAAUCGUCGAAUUGUAAACAGCGUGUGUCAGUGGAGCACGCAGUUCGGAACUCACAGGGAAUCAAUCAAAAGCUCAUGCAACUUAAUGGACAGGAAUGAGAGAUGACUAGCAACUACACUAACAGCACACAGGCAACGGGGCAAAGGGAGCCGCUGGAGUCCACCACUUUUAUAACCACCAAGAUCGUGUUCUAUUUUCUUAUACUUCUUUGCACGACAGUUGGGAAUUCAAUGGUGGUUUAUGUGAUUUGCACGAGUAGAAAGAUGCGUAGUUCGUCCAACCUUCUAGUGCUUAACUUAGCUGUUUGCGACUUGUUCACGCCACUCAUAAGCAUCCCUUUCGACUUCGCGCUGGAGGAAAAUCACUACGUGUACUUGUUUGGCAAAGCGAUGUGUAAAGUGCUUGGACCUAGUGCUACGUUGACGACCACGGCCGCGUCGUUGACUCUCGCCGCGAUUUCCUUGGACCGUUAUCGCAUUAUAAUGCACCCGUUCAAGACCAGACUGAGCUCCAAGCAAAUCAAGCUCAUUAUACUCGGCAUCUACGUGUUCUCCGUGAUCGCCGUGUUCCCAUACGCGUACGUCUUGCGACUGGAAAACAGCGACUGCUCAGAACACUGGCCUAUGGUGCUGUAUCGACAGCUCUAUACAAUGGCAUUGUUUUUAAUCCAGUAUGCGCUCCCGCUGGUCUUUAUGAUAAUCAUGUAUGCCUUCGCUAUUAAGAACUUAUAUUCUGCCUCGGACAAAAUGCGAAACAACUCGAUUCAUACUCCCGCCUUUGAUAUGAACAAAUUAGAAGAUAGUGAGGGGAAGCGGGGUUUUUUCCGCAAACUGCGACGUAAAUCAGUGAGUGAAGAGAACCCAAAUGCGCGCGCCACCAAAAUGUUCAUGACCGUGGUUGCAGUUUUCUCCGUGUUCAUGUUCCCUAAUCAAGUAUUGUGGUUAUGGGCUGAUUACGGCGACGGCUUAAAACAGCCGCACUUUCGUCAGGUAUCUGUGAUCUGUUGGCUCUUUACUUACACUAAUGGUGUAGUUAACCCUAUUAUUUUCGCCAUUUUUAGUAAAGAGUUCCGUAGCGGAUUUAAGGCUUUACUCAAGUUUAUUUUUUGUUGUAAUCAAGAGGUGAUUUCUUUGGGAAAGGGUAGAUUCGAGUUCUUUACUAGAACUGCCACUGAUUCUUCCUCGCACUCUUACGAUGGCGCCACCGAGCGAGGAAAGCACUUCAAAGCUACGUCCAUUAACACUGGCUAUGACACGAUAAACUCGCUAAGAAAAUCCAACUGUGAUUUCUUUCCACCGCGUCCCUGCGAAACUACCCUCUUUAUCAAGACACUCCCUAAUCUAACGGCGCAAAAGCACGGCUCUUCUUGUGAUAAAAAUUCCCUUCGCGACAAAACACUAGAAUCGCACUCGUACAGGGAACCGAAUCGCGGUGAAAGUCGCCUAAGUGGAUCUUUCAGCGAUAGGUCAAUGGCAGAUGAGUCGACAGCAAGAUGUACUGAUGGGGUUUUGAAAGCCACCACGCCACUCAAUCCGACGGACAUGGAUUCGCAAGAAGGAUUUCUAGACAAGAGCGCAUUUUUGACCUUCACUGAUUUGCCAGAGACGUACUGCUAGGAAGAUAUCUAGGAAGUCAGUACUGGUUUGGAUCUCUUUCGUAUGUUCAGAGUAAGAUAAUCUGACCACCAUUAAGGUGGAGCUCCGAGCUUCAUUAAUCCCUCCUACAUGUUCGCACGUACGUAACACAAGAAGAUCAACCCGGUGUGCGGGUGGACUGUUGUUUACACAUGUCAAUGUAGUUGUAAAUAGAGGAUUAAUACACACCGUUUAACUCACAUACUCAUCACGCGAUAGAUCGACGCUGAGGAAACACAGACAGCCCCAGAAUUAUAUCAGAAUUAUGUCACGAAGAGACACCGAUAAGGCUCGUGACUUUGAUACCAGCUCUUUCCGGAAGGUAAAGAUAUUAAAGAAAGUGUCAACUCCAAAGACUGUCUAAUGUUUGAAAUUCUUUCGAUUUUGGGGCUUGAUUAUCAGAUUUUUUAAUAGACUAGUAUUUUUCAUUCUAGUAAGCUUGGUUCAAGUAAAAUAUUUAAGUGAAUCUCUGUUUAUUAUUAAAGUAAAUAUGAAUAUGGCCUUUGGAUGACCUAAUAAAAGGGUGAAAUCUUUA